AUGCAUGUCAAUGGUGACUUGAACAAUACUACCGUGCUUCGCAAGACGGUCGACAUUGUUCCGGACCCAACCUACGCGAGACGGUCGCUUGCGAUACCGCGCAUUGAGGAUGAGGCGCAAGUGCGCGAAAAGUAUCGGCCUUUUCUGUGCCCUAAGGAUAUUACAGAAAAUGACUGGGUGGCACGUCUGGAACUCAGUACGGUGAUGAAGAUGGUCGAGAGUGAUAUGACUGCCACAGGAGGUGACCGCUUGCGAGUCCUGAUGCUCUUUGGCAGUAUGCGUAGCCGCUCGUAUUCACGUUUACUAGCAUUGGAAAGCGCUCGAAUACUUUUCCGCCUCGGCUGUGAUGUACGGGUCUACGAUCCGACUGGGCUGCCAGUCAAGGACGACGUAUCACAUGAUCACCAUAAGGUGCAAGAACUACGCGACCUGAGCAAAUGGAGCGACGGCCAUGUUUGGAUCUCGCCCGAGCAGCACGGUAAUGUUACUGCCGUGUUCAAGAACCAGAUAGACUGGAUUCCCUUGAGUACUGGAUCUGUCCGUCCUACACAAGGCCGGACACUGGCUAUUGCACAAGUAUCUGGCGGCUCACAAUCUUUCAAUACGGUCAAUACCCUGCGCAUCCUGGGACGAUGGAUGAGGAUGUUCACCAUUCCGAAUCAGUCUUCGAUCCCUAAAGCCUACGAGCAAUUCACAAACGCCAAACAUUCGGACGAGAGCGACUACAUUCAAGCCGAAGGCGGAAGUCGACUUAUGCCCUCUGGGAAUCGCGACAGGCUGGUGGAUUGUAUGGAGGAGUUUGUGAAGUAUACGAUCGUCAUGCGAUCACAUUUUGAUUUGUUCAGUGAUCGUUUCAGUGAGCGCACUGUACGGCAGGCGAAACUAGCUAAGGAGCAGCAGGUCAGAAAGCCGGAGGAGGAGACGGAGGCUUCAACAAACGGUACUAAGCGUACACAUGGCACGGAUAUGGUCAACGGCGUCCAUAUCAAAAGCUUGUGA